CUUCGGACAAACACCUCACUCACCUCACAGGCUCACACACAGGCACACACACACUUCCCGAUGGAGCCCACCGGCACGAUCGUCUUCGCCACCGUCGGCGUCACCAACUUCGGCUUCGACGUCUUCUCCGCCGCCGUGCCACUGCCGCCGAUGGAGGAGGACGCCGAGCGCCGCCACACGGACGGCGUAUCCGUGAACUUCAACGCGCAGUUCGUCGACGAUGGCGGGGAGGAGGUGGCGUUCGUGUCGGAGCGAGGCGGCGCGGCGGGGCUGUUCCGGUGCCGGCCGGGGCCCGAGCAGCGGGCCGAGCCGCUGCCGACGGUGGAGGGGAGCCUGUUCCAUGACCGCCCGACGGUGAGGGGCGGGAGGUUGUACUUCGUCUCCGCCCACGAGCAGCCGCCGGCGCCGUUCAGGAGCUGGGCGGCGGUGUACGCGACGGAGAUUGGGAGCAAGGAGACGGUGCGGGUGAGUCCUCCGGGCGUCGUGGACAUGAGCCCCGCCGUGUCGGACUCCGGGGAGCUCGUUGCCGUCGCGUCGUACGGGGAUCGGCCGUGGGCGUUCGACUUCCGCGUGCUGGAAACGGAGGUCGCCGUCUUCCGCGCCGCCGAUCCAGCCAGGCGCGUCGUCGUGGUGGGGCGCGGUGGGUGGCCGACGUGGCACGGCGAGGGCACGGUCUUCUUCCACCGCGUCGCCGACGACGGGUGGUGGAGCGUGUUCCGGGUGGACGUCUCGCCUGAGACCCUCGAGCCCACCGGCGGCGAGAGGCGAGUGACGCCUCCCGGGCUGCACUGCUUCACUCCCGCCGCGGUCGGCCGCGGCGGCGGCGGGCGGUGGAUCGCCGUGGCGACGCGGCGGAAGGGGCGCGCGCAGCGGCACGUCGAGCUGUUCGACCUCGAGACGGAGAGCUUCUCCCCGCUCACCGAGCGCCUCAACCCGGAGCUCCACCACUACAACCCCUUCUUCUCCCCGUCCGGCGACCGCGUCGGGUACCACCGCUUCCGCGGCGCCGGCGCGCGGGGGGACUCGGUGGUGCCCUACCUGCAGCCGGUGCAGAGCCCGGUGAGCUCGCUCCGGAUGCUGCGCGUGUACGGCACGUUCCCGUCGUUCUCGCCGGACGCGGCGCACCUCGCCAUGAACGGCGACUUCUUCAAGACGCCGGGCGUCACCAUCCUCCGAUCCGACGGCGCCAAGCGGUGGGUGCUCACGCGGGAGCCCAACCUGUUCUACACGUCGUGGAGCCCCGCCGAGAGCGGGGUCAUCUUCACCUCCAUGGGCCCCAUCUUCGAGACCACCAAAGCGACGGUGAGGAUCGCGCGGCUGGAGUUCGACGCCGGCGAGCUCACCACCGGCCGCGACGAGGUCGCGGCCACGCUCAAGGUGCUCACCCGGCCGGAGGCCGGCAACGACGCGUUCCCGGCGGUGUCGCCGUGCGGGAAGUGGGUGGUGUUCCGGUCAGGCCGCUCCGGCCACAAGAACCUCUACAUCGUCGACGCGGCGCACGGCGAGGACGUCGGCGCCGGCGAGGGGACGAUCCGGCGGCUGACCGACGGCGAGUGGAUCGACACGAUGCCGAGCUGGUCGCCGGACGGGAGCCUGAUCGCGUUCUCCUCCAACCGCCACGACCCGACGAACGCCGCCGUGUUCAGCAUCUACCUGGUCCGGCCAGACGGCUCCGGGCUCCGCCGCGUCCACGUCGCCGGGCCGGCGGGGAGCGCGGCGGCGGACAGGGAGCGGAUCAACCACGUGUGCUUCAGCCCGGACUCGCGGUGGCUGCUGUUCACGGCCAACUUCGGCGGCGUGAUGGCGGAGCCCAUCUCGGCGCCGAACCAGUUCCAGCCGUACGGCGACCUGUACGUGUGCCGGCUCGACGGCUCGGGGUUGGUCAGGCUCACCUGCAACGCCUACGAGAACGGCACGCCGGCGUGGGGCCCGGCGAGCUCGCCGGCGGCGGGGCUGGAGUCGCUGUCGCUGGGCCCGGGCGCCGGGGACGAGUCGCUGGGCGAGUUUGAUGAGCCGCUCUGGCUCACUUGCGACGUCUGAGCUGAGGGCGACAGAUGAUGAUCGAUGAGCUGCACUUUUAAUUAGAAUAAAAUCUGUGGUGAAUUUGAUCGGUUGAUAAUAACGGGACGAGCCUGAUUGUGUGGGCUAGUACGAACCUUGUUGGGAAUAGGUUUUUUAUGCAUGAAAAGGGAAUAAAUGAAUAAUGAUUCUGGGUACAGGGUACGUUUUUGUUCCGUUGCUUGAUAAAGCUGAUUGUGAUUAUGUGGA